CAUCCACUUUCAAAAGGAAGCUAAUCUACAUUGAUCAUUUGCCAACAAGUUCGCUGCGAGUGACAGAAAUUAUCUGGAAAAUGGCACUUGGACUUUAUUCACUUAUAGAAGCAGUAAUAUUGUGUUUAAACGCAGUUUGCGUAUUGCACGAAGAACGAUUUUUGGCAAAAAUUGGAUGGGGAUCAGAUCAAAGAGGAUUUGGUGAAGAGCCUGGAAUGAAAACCCAAUUAUUAAAUCUUAUUCGAUCAAUUAGAACCGUCAUGAGAUUCCCACUCAUAGGAAUAAACAUUGUGGUGAUAGCACUAAAACUGGUCUUUGGAUAAUAACUCACUGUGAUCAUGACACAACUGUUAAAAAUUACUCAUCCAUCAGGUGUAUGGAAGGAACAUUGGACCAUACUUAUGUGUUUGUUUUGAGAGAUGCUGCAGAUCAUAGUCAGGAUUGAGAGUUUUCUACAUAGUCAAAUGUUGAAUAUAUGGGGAAUUCCUUUCCAGUGCAGCUUGUGAUAUUUAAUGUGCCUGUGUGAAUGUGAUGCAUUCGGUGUAAAAAUUGGUUCGUUUCAUGCAUUUUUGAACCAUUUCUUAUCCAUUAUAUAUGUUAUUUAUACCAUAAACUGCCAAAUUAAAUGUGAACAUUUGUGUUGUAUCAGUUAAGAACAGGUUUUAAUUUACAUGUAUAUUUUACAUGAAGUAUUAGGUAUACAGUGUGGAUGUUUAAGGUGCAAAGUGACACUAAAUUUUUUAACUUAGUAGAUAAAUUAUUCAGUAUAAUAAAUACUAACUUAAGACAUAACAAUAAUGUGUAUCAUUUUUCAUUACAUUAUA